AUCACUUUGUUUUGUCUGUGGAAGCCGAGUCUAAGACUAAGAAUGAUAACUGUCCUGAGUUUACCGGAGUUGAUUAACGUGAGACUCCCUAUCACCACUCAUGUUAUGAAGAAGUCAAACCACUGAAGAAGUUGUUUGCAGACUGUCUUUGCAAAUCUCACAUAGGCCUAAAUGGCCUCUAUGGAGAGAAAACAUGAGAUUUGCAGCCCCUUCAUUCAACGGCGCAACCCUUUAAGGAAAACAAGUGCAGAGAUCGUCAAUGAAGCCAGACAGUCACUGCGAGUCCAGUCCACCCGGCGACCGUUUACUCCCAGAGAUGGACACAGGCAACUUUUUGGAAAGAGCUCUGUCCGUGCAGACCGUGACAACAGACCUCCAUCUACCUUUAGUCUUCAUGCUCAAAAUUUUGAUGCUCCUGACUCCAGGCCAGGUUCGGGGACUCGACUUUCUCCCCUGGACCACAAGCCAACGUUUCCAGUCGUCUGUGAUGCUGAAGAUCCAUUCAAGGCCUUUCCCAAACCUCCCGCUGACCCACUGGAAGUGAAGAGGGGGCUGCCAGGGGCGCGGGCUCGCCUCUUUCGAGCUGGAUCUCUUACCAUGUUACCUCCUGUAGAGGGACACAUAGAUGUGAAAGAGAGAUCAAAUCCAGGCCCAGGACAAAAGCAGUCAUCUAAAGGACUCCCCAGCACAGACCACAAACCUGGACCACACAGAACAGCAAGUGAAAGUAGAAUUACACAGCCUGGUGUUGACUCAGGCGUUAGACCCACGGAGUGCGGAGCAGGACGGAGAACAGGGCUGGGGAAUGGAGACAACACCACAAACACAGAGGGGGAUGCAGAGUUAGUGGUGUGGAAUAAUAUGAUUGCUCCUGUUCUCCAACAACUAGAGAGUGUGGCUGCAGGCAGCUCGGAGGGCUCGUUGGACCGUCUGUGUGAUUUGUGCGACGGUCUCCACGGCGCCUUGGCAGGAGCAGACAUGCUCGGCCGGCGCUGUAAGAGGAGGUCAGGAGUACUUCGAACACUGUUCCGCCUCAUCGACCUCAACUCUGCCCGGCUCAACCUGCACAUCGCCAAGCUCUGCCUCGCUCUGUGUGUCAGUGGAAACAACUUGCUCAACAUCUGUAAGCUCAUCUUCCAGAUCAGCCGCAGUGAAAGCAAUGACAUCCUUUUCCAGAACAACUCUAUCAUAGACUCAUUUCUGGGUGUUUUGAGCAAUGAGGAUGUGUCCUCAUCUGGAGAAGCUCUGCUGUACUGUGUUGGGACUCUGAAAUUCCUCUCGGGAAAUAGUGCAAUUCUCAGACUCUUGCUGGACAAGAACUGCGUUGGUGUGGCUCAGAAACUCAUCCAGAGGCUUUGCAAGGCAGAAGACACCAACUUCACUAUAGCAGGGCACAUCCUUGUGCAGCUGACAGCGACCUUGAGAAACCUUGCAGAUCAUCCUGAUUCCCGUCCACUCUUCAUCUCCUUCUCCAUACUGUCAGAGCUCUGCCUGGUGCUGCGUUAUCACUACAAAGACCCGGACAUCUGUACCAACAUUUCCAGAAUAUACAGUAAACUCUCCUCUUACUCUGAGUGCCGCCUCGCUCUGGCCCAGACCCCCAACUGCUACCAACUAUUUUUAGAACUGCUGAGCAAACAUCACCAAAAACAGGAUCUUGUCGUGCGUCUUCUUUUCACCCUUGGGAACCUCACCGCCAAAAGCGACGAGGCUCGGCUGCAGCUCUUUCAGUGUGAAGGCUGCAUGGACACACUCCUGCAGCUGUACGACACCUACCAGUGCAGAGAUGGCUUAUCACACUUGCACCCACGGAAAGGUCUCGCUUCCCUCAGUGAGCCUCAGGCUCCUUCAGUGAGUGUGCAGGAGGACGAGGAUGUGCUGGUAAAGCUGGUCAGAGUGCUGGCGAACAUGUGCAUCCAUCAGGCUGUAGGUCCAGCUCUGGCAACCAACACAACCUGCAUUCAGCUGCUGUUGGAGACACUUGAGCUGAGGUCUGUGCAGGAAAGCGAGGAGCUGCUGGUGAAUGUGGCCGCCACCAUCAACAACCUGUCCUUCUACCAGGAGGAGAGCUCCGUGCUCAGACACAGUCAACUCACCAUGGCAAACUUGAUGUUGAAGUUGGUGCUAAGCUCCAGUAUGGACGCCGUGCUUGAGGCCACCCGUGUAUAUGGAAAUCUGACACAGUCCAAGGAUGUCCGGGACUUCAUUAUGCAAAACAAAGUGCACCAGUUUGUAGUGACGCUGCUCGACUCAAAAAGCACCGAGAUGUGCUUUUCAGCCUGCGGGGUCCUCACCAACCUGGCUCUGGACCCUCCCAACAGGGUCAGUCUCUCAGCAGAGGGGGCUGCUGCCAAGCUUGUGGACUGUCUGAGAGACUUCGGACCAGGUGAUUGGCAGCUGGCAGGCCAGGUUUGUCAGGCGUUGUGGAACAUGACCGGCGGCUCGGAGAAGCUGCUGGAGUCACAGGAGAGACAGUCGCUGCUGGAGAUCCUCACUCCAUACUUAGAAGAAGAGGAGGCUCUGAAGUGGAUAGAAAAUGAAGAUAUGAGGGACUUCCACAAGGCAUGCUGGGAGAUAGAGUUCCUACCUGUAGCUCAAAAACUGAUGAAGAUUCUUCAGGCCGAGGUCCGGACAGCCUGACAAACAUGGACAUGGAGUUAAGAGUUUCAUGUUGUCAUUCUCACUGUAGCAUUUCUUUAAACUUUUAGACUGAAUGUCUCCAAUGUAACUCAUAAACCCUCACCUCCAGUGGGUUUUAAAGGUGGCUGUGAAGGUUUGUAGUUUCCUUUUUCAUGGAGGAUCCAGGUGAGGUUUGCUUGAAUUCACUGUCAGUGGAUCCCAUGAGCCUCUCUCACAGCAGACAUUUUGACUUGUCACAGUGGGAAAAGCACAGGUGUUACCAACAACACAAACAAAGGCUCUGUUCUGCUCCAGUGGUCCAGUAAGUGUGACAGUGAGCAGCGUGAACAACACCAGGACCCUGAAAUUUAAGCAGUUAAAUGAUUCAGCCAACAUUCAUUUUUGUGUCUUUUCCCACUGUGACAUGUCAAAAAGUCCACCAUGAAAAAAGCCUAAUGCUAUAAGCAAAAGUCAAAACACCUUUGAAAAUGCCUCAAACCAGCCAUAUUUCGAAAUUAUUUUUCCGACAGUUAUAGUUUUGCAAAACUCAAGCCACAUGACUUGGACAUGAGUCAGACUAGAGUAACACAUUUGAUGACUUCAGGUUCAACUUGACAAAAUCAAAAAAGACCAGUUGUCACCAGUGACUUGUAACUUCACUUAGACUCAAUAUGCUUAAAAUACCAUCCUCCAAACUGAAAGAAUAAAAAUGUUGUAAUUUAAAA